AUGGGAGAGGUAGCAUUCGAAAAGACAGAGCGCCUGCUCGUCACUUUCUUCAAAGAAAUCCCCGCUCCGCUGGUCGCGCGUAUCGAGCGCCAGUUCCCUGAGGCCGAGGUCACUAUUUACCAGUCCCAGAAAGGCGUUCCUGUUCCAAGAGCGUUAUGGCAAAAUGCGACGCUGGUUUGCACAUUUACCGAUCUUCCGGAUCUUGAGGAUGCUGGCAACAUUAAGUUGAUCCAUACUGUGUCUGCUGGAAUCGACCACUUCGUCCACCACCCUAUCAUCCAGAACUCUACCAUCCCCAUCAGCACCAGUUCCGGCAUCCACGGUCCUCCCAUGGCAGAAUGGACCGUAAUGAAUUGGUUGACCUCUGAGAGGAAGUUCCUUCAUUUGCGUGAAGCACAGAAGCAACACAUCUGGGGAGAUGUCGAGGAGUACAUGCCCACUUGCACCGAUCAGGUCGGGAAGAAAGUGGGCAUUCUGGGAUAUGGGAGCAUUGGUCGACAGAUCGCAAAGGUAUCCGCAGCCCUUGGAAUGACCGUUCAUGCAUACACAGCGUCCCCGCGGCCAACCCCCUCCUCGCGACGCGACACCGGCUAUAUUGUCCCCGGCACCGGCGACGCAGAUGGCACAAUCCCAGUCUCCUGGCACCACAGCAUAGACAAAGCAUCCAUCCAUUCAUUCCUCUCCCUCGGUCUCGAUCAUCUGGUUAUCUCCCUCCCAUUAACCCCGCAAACCACCCAUCUCAUCGGCGCAGAAGAAUUCGCCCUCCUUACCGCCAACAGCACCCAUCCCUUCAGCAAGCCGUAUGUGACCAACAUUUCGCGCGGGAAGGUCAUCGAUCAAGACGCGCUGAUGGAAUCGCUCAAGUCUGGGGAAUUGGGCGGUGCUGCGCUGGAUGUGACGGAUCCUGAACCUUUGCCGGCGGAUCAUCCGUUGUGGGAUGUGCCGGGUGUGCAGAUUAGUCCGCAUGUAAGCUCUUUGGGAAAGGAGUAUUUCCCAAGGUCGUUGGAUAUUCUCCGAGUUAAUCUGGAUAGGUUGAAGGAGGGAGAGGAGUUUGUAAAUGAGUACAAGCGGGGGAAGGGAUAUUGA